AUGGGCAAACAAGCGGGCAGCACGAACUACCUAAUGGCCGAGGUGAAUCGGCUCUUAGUGCUCGUGGAGGAGCACUUGUCACUGGGGAAGGACGAGUGGGAGCCAUCCGCAAACCGACCGGCAAGGCGAACAUGCCACAUCAAGCAGGCCAAAGACUUGAAGAGAGCUGUCGACGACAAGGCUAACGUCGUCGAGAUGGACGAUUGUGGCGAAGAUGACUCGGACGCGGAUCCGGAGGACGACUUGGAAGAGGAGAAACGACCCGUCGAGCCGGACUUCAGUUUCUAUUACGAGCCCGAUGAUUCGUUCUUCAACGAUUGA